AUGGGCAUAACCGGGUCAUCAUUAUCAGGUGAUAGGAGUGGUAAUAGUACUCAAAAUAAUGAUGGUACUAAUAAUUCCUCAUCCAAAUUGCUCUUACCAAAAGUCGGUUUCGGAAAGUAUGAAGUAGGUUGUGCGGAUAUCAUGAUUGCAGAUGGUGAUGAAGGUGAUUUGGGCGUAUUUGCGCGAAUAUUUUACCCAUCCGAUAGGAAUGAUGUCCGCUCAGCAUCGAAUGGUUCAACGCAAUCAGAUCACAGCGAUAGACCAGUUUGGUUACCGCGAAAGGAGUACAUUGAUGGUUGUGCACUCUACAAGAAUACCAGUCCUCGGAAGCUGAAUUUCGUUUUCGAUUGGUUUAUAGGAGAAAGAAGGAUAAAUGCAAAAUGGCAUCAAGCGUUAUAUUCUCGAUUGGAUCAGAAUGGGACAAAGAAACAGAAUAUAUCAUUUCCUGUAGUCAUCUUCUCCCAUGGUCUUUCGGCAUGCAGACAUUUUUAUUCGGUUUUUUGUACGUCGCUAGCUAGUUACGGCUUCGUUGUGGCUGCCAUUGAACACAGAGAUCGAUCCGCCUGCUGGACAUAUAAGUUGGAUGUUGAUCCGAUAAAUGGCACAACCACAGAGAAGUCGAUAAAUUUAAGGAAACUGACAUCGACUGAUAAUGAAUUUCGUGUUCGAAAUCAACAAAGAGUAAAGGCUGCUUUCAGUAACAGUAGAAGUGAACAUGAAUUAGGGAUAUUACAGUUGCAUAAACGUGUAAGUGAGUGCGUGAAAUUGUUGAAUGUCCUAGAAGAAAUAAACCUUGGGCAGUGCUCAUCUACAUCGACCGAUAGGAAACAAAUGGGAUGUCGAAUUGUAUUGGGCAAUUCAUUCGACUGGUCGCAGUUCAAGGGUCGACUGAAUAUGAGUAAAUCGUCGAUUGUUGGUCAUUCAUUUGGGGGUGCCACUGCAAUUGCUGCUUCUGCGUUCUCAACUGAUUUCACGACUGCGAUAGUGUUGGAUGGUUGGAUGUUGCCAGUGGAACGCGAACUGUACGAACGAAUUCAGCAACCGACCUUGUUUUUAAAUGCUUCAUUAUUCCAGUGGCCAUCGAACGUGAACAGUAUGCAUAAAGUUACCUUGAACAAUAAUGGCAGCACCAUCGUCACACUCAAUGAUACAACGCAUCAAUCAUUCACAGAUUUCUCGGUUUUAUCACCGGGAUUUAUAAGCCGUAAAAUCGGUUUCCACGGCCACAUGGAACCGCAUCGUUGCUAUGAAGCGAUCCUGGAGCUAACAGUACAUUAUAUCAGAAAGCAUUCAUUAGAAGACGAUGUCGACUUGAAAUCAGUCAUCAAUAACUAUAAUGACUUCGUUUACGAAGGGACGAAUUUUGACUUAAAGGAAAGUGCUUAG